ACAGCCGUCCCAAAGAUAGCGCGCGAAAAUAUAGGGUGCCUGCAAGAACUUGGCGAGGGGGCGUUCGGACUAGUGUACCUAGGCUCCCUACGAUCCACUGACGACGGGGCCAAUUUGAGGGUUGCCAUAAAAACCAUAAAGGGAGGUCGCAGUUCGGAUGCUGAUGAUAAGCGGGACUUUGAAAGGGAGGCCCUCAUGCUGUCUGGCCUGAAACACGACAACAUCGUAACAUUCCAUGGAGUAUGCAUGGAUGGCGAGCCUAGCAUGAUCGUGUUGGAGUACAUGGAUCUCGGAGAUCUGAACAACUUUUUAAGAACGAACGGCCCAGAUGCCGAAAUCAUCUACCCAAAAUUACCCCUUAGCACCAACACCACCAACAACAUCGCCAACAUCACCCAAGACACGACGCAAAUUUCAAGAGGUGUGGCCUAUUUGGCCUCACAACAUUUCGUCCAUAGAGACCUGGCAACCAGGAAUUGUUUGGUUGGCAGCGGUCUGGUCGUUAAGAUUGGAGAUUUCGGCAUGUCUCGAGAUGUCUAUGCAACUGAUUAUUAUAAGGUUGGUUGUCAAUUUCUGAUGCCUGUCCGAUGGAUGCCCCCAGAAAGCAUUCUGUACAGGACCUUCUCAGUGGAAUCAGACGUCUGGAGUUUCGGUGUGGUCCUCUGGGAGGUUUAUUCCUUCGGCCGCCAGCCGUGGUAUGAAUUUUCAAACAUCGAGGUCUGUUUCUGUCUAGUACAGCAGGGCCGUGUGAUGAACAGACCAGCAAAUUGCUCCGAUGAAAUCUAUAGGCUGAUGCUCGCCUGCUGGCGGAAGAAUCCGCGAGAUAGAAUCUCCAUCGGAAAAGUGAAUUCUAUUCUAGAGGCUAGCUACCGAGAAUUGAAGCAGCAACAACCACAUCAGCCACAACAGUCACAACAGCCACAACAGCCACAUCAGCCACAACAGCCACAUCAGCCACAACAGCCACAAGAAGAACAAUUAUUACAACCACAGCAACAACGUCAACAACAACAAAUAUUACCACUGCCCGCUUAUUUAGAAAUAUUCGAAUGA